AUGAAAACGAUAGUAUUAAUAAUAUUUAUAAUCAUAUUAUCAAUUGAUUAUUCUAAUCCAAUAGAUCCACCAUUAGGAACAUCUAGUGUAACAUUUGUAUUUGAUGUAACUGGAUCAAUGCAUGAUGAUCUUUUACAAGUUAUUCAAGGUGCAACACAUAUAUAUAAUGCAACACUUCAACGAGAAUAUGCUAUUUAUGAUUAUAUACUUAUACCGUUUGCUGAUCCAGAUGUUGGACCAAUAUUAAAAACUCGUGAUCCAAAUCGAUUUCAACGAGGUUUACAAGAUUUAAUCGUACAAGGUGGUGGUGAUUGUCCAGAAAUGACAAUAACAGCUAUUAAAUUAGCUCUUGAACAAUCAUUACCAAAUUCAUUUAUUUAUGUAUUUACUGAUGCUCGUUCAAAAGAUUAUUUAUUAGGUGAUACUGUAUUAAAAUUAAUUCAAGAAAAGCAAAGUCAAGUUGUAUUCGUCAUGACAGGUGAUUGUGGUGAUCAAGAGCAUAUAGGCUAUCAAAUAUUUCAUAAAAUAGCUGCAACUAGUAGUGGACAAGUAUUUACUUUACAUAAACAACAAGUUAGCGAGAUUCUUAAUUUUGUUCAACAUUCAAUUCAAACACGAAAAGUUAAUUUAUUAGUUAUUGAUAAAAUUAAACGAAAUAAACAAACUUAUACAUUAGCAGUUGAUUCUAAACUUCUUGAAUUUACUAUAUCAGUUAGCGGUGCUAAUCCACAAGUAACAUUAAUUGAUCCAUCAAGAAAAACAUUAAAUCAACGUACAUUGUUUACACGUCUUUUACGUCUUAAAGAAGUUUACAUAUUAAAUGUAAAACAUCCAAUGAUUGGUGAAUGGAAAAUUCAAGUAAUAUCAUCAUCAGCACAUUCAAUACGUAUUACAGGUUUAAGUAGAUUAACGUUUCAGCAUGGUUUUUCAUCAAAUCUAAUUACUGAUUUAACACGAACACGUCGACAACCCAUUCAAGGUACUUUAACUUAUUUAACAAUUGAAAUAAAUAAUCAAGAUAAUGUUCGUAAUGCUGAACAAAUUGAAUUAAUUGAUUUAUUUGGUAAUGUACUUAACAGUGAGAAACUUCAACUAAAUCAUGUUCAUUCGACAUUAUAUUCAACUGUUAGAAAAUUUGAACCACCUGUUAAAAGUUUUUUCUUUUAUAUUCGAUUGUCUGGUAUUGAUAGUAAUGGUCAUUGUUUUCAACGUUUAAGUUCAACAGCACUAACAUCUAAUAUUCCAACAAAACCAGUUGUUACUAUUGAUUCAAAUUUAAUUGAAAUAAAAUCAAAUACUUCAAAUAAAAUUCAAUGUCAUAUACAAAGUCAACUUCCAUAUCAAGUUCAAUGGUUGAAGAACGGACAAUUAAUUUCCAUUUCGAAUUAUUCAGCUCAUAUAACUACAGUAGAAUAUUUAAUUGAUCAACCAACAGAAAUAAAUGAUGAAGGACUAUAUAUAUGCAAUGUAACAAGUACAAGUGGUUAUGAUAUUGGUGAAAUAAAUGUAGAUGUACUUGCUUCACCACCAAUUGUUCAAACGGUGCCAUCGAAAUCAUUAUUUGCAUUAGUUAGUAGUACUGUUUCAAUUGAUUGUCUCGUACAAAGUACAAGAGAUUAUAAAUUAAACUGGAAACGAGAAUUAUCAUCAUCGGUAUUAAUGGAACCAUCAGAAGCUCGUACAAGAAUUUUUGAAAAUGGCACUUUGGCAUUAAUAAAUAUUCAAAAAUCAGAUGAUGGUUCAGUAUAUGUAUGUAUUGCACAUAAUGAAGGUGGUAGCACACAAGAACGCAUUACUAUACAUGUACAGGAAACUCCAUAUGUUUAUGUUUAUCCGCAAACAGUAAUGUAUUCACAUGAAUGGAAUGUGACAUUAACAUGUGUUGGUACAGCAGGUAUUCCACGUCCAUUAUUAAUAUGGCGACGACAAAAUAAUACAAAUCCUGUGGAGCAAUCUUCUAAGAUACGAAUUCAUAAUGGACUUUUGACGAUUAUAUUGGCAAAAAAAGAUGAUGAAGGCUUUUAUGAAUGUAUUGGAAGUAAUGCAGCAGGUGAAGAUAUUAAAACAGCUCAAUUGAUCUAUGCUGUCUCAACAGAAAAUUCUCAUAUACUUGUUUCACCUGGUCAUGAUGUUGAUUUGAAAUGUAGUGUAGUAGGUGAAACAUAUCCUGAUAUACGUUGGUUUAGAGAAAAUGAACCUGUAACUCGUCAUCGAACAAGUCCACAUGGGCAAUUACAUAUCAGACAAGCAUCUGAAGAGGAAGAUAGUGGUAAUUAUACAUGUUUUGUGCAGAACACUGUUGGAUCAUCAUCUGUAUCAAUUCGUCUUGAUGUUGGAAUUAAACCAACAAUCAAUAUUCCCACCCAAGAGAUUCAAGUUGAAAUUGAUGAAAAAGUUCAACUUGUUUGUGAAGUAGAUGGUUCACCUAAACCCAACAUAGUUUGGUAUCAUAAUAAUACAGAACGUCCAUAUCAAAGUGAUGAUAGAUCGACAAUGAUUAUUACAAAUGUUCAACAACAUCAUGCUGGUAUUUAUACAUGUUUUGCUUCUAAUUUAUUCGGAAGUACAAGUGCUGAUAUCAAUUUAACUGUUACGAUGACUCCACGAUUCACUUUUACAUCUGACGGAUAUUUAAAUGGUAUUAUUUCACAAUCAUUGACGUUACCUUGUAAUCAUAUUGGUUUACCAAAACCAACUGUUAAUUGGUUUAAAGAUAAUAAUAUUCUUGUUUUGACACAUGAUCGAAUGACAAUUGAUUCAACAGGUUCAUUAACUAUUCAUUCAUUGAAAACAACUGACCGUGGUUCAUAUACUUGCGAUGUUUAUAAUGAAAUUGGUCAAGCAAAACAAUUAUUUCAAGUUGAUGUUUAUGAACCGCCCAGUGUGACAGAUAGUUCUGUAGAAAGUGAACUUGAUGUAAAUAUAUACAACCCAGUUCUUCUUCUUUGUCCAAUUACUGGUCAUCCUCAACCAACUAUUGUUUGGUUUCGUCAAAAUACUGUAAUCAAUCAUAAUCAAAAUAUGAAUAUUUAUUUACAUUCAAAUGGUUCUUUAGAAAUUCGAAAAGUUGACGUAACAGAUAGUGAUCGAUAUCAUUGUAUAGCAACAAAUCAAGCAGGAACAAUUACUCGAUAUAUACAACUUAAUGUUAACGUGCCACCUUGGAUUGUUGAUGCUGAAAAGGAAAUAGUUAUACAAGCUAAAAUUGGUAAGACAAUAACAUUAAUUUGUCCUGUAAUUGGUACACCAAAUCCAACCAUUAAAUGGUAUAAAUAUGAUAAUCAACUUGAAUCAUUUGAUUCAAAUGAUCAAUAUAUAUUAACAAAUGUAAAACAAACUGAUGAAGGUAUUUAUCGAUGUACAGCAACAAAUAAAGCCGGUACAACAUAUCGAAUAUUUAAUAUAUCUGUUCAUAUACCACCAUAUUUUGAACAUAAAUCAGAAAAUAUAAGUCGUCUUCAACAAAAAUCAAUUAUAUUAAAUCAUACACUAACAUUAUUAUGUCCAGCUAUUGGUUUACCUGAACCAAAAUUACUUUGGUUUUAUAAUGGAAAUGAAAUUCAACCAAAUAAAAAACAUUAUUUUAUUAAACAACAUGGAAAAAAAUUUAUUAUUAAUAAAAUUAAAUCUGAAGAUGAAGGUCGAUAUGUUUGUCAAGCAACGAAUAGAGUUGGAUCAAUUGAUAUUAUAUAUGAUAUUGAUGUCAUGAUUCCUCCAAAAUUUAGUGAAGAAAACAAUGGAAUAUUUGCAACAGAACAAUCAUAUAAAACUGGAGAACAUAUGCGUUUACCAUGUUCUGUAGAAGGAAAACCAAUGCCUAUACGACGAUGGUUUUUUAAUGGAAAAAAUACGAUUGAUUUACCUCGCAUUAAAUUUGUCUACGAUGGUCUUUAUAUUGAAAUUGAACAUUUAACAUUGAAUGAUGAUGGUCGUUAUACAUGUCGUGCUGAAAAUCCAGCUGGUCGUGCUGAAAAAUAUUUUGAUAUUGAUGUAUCAAAUCCUCCUGUAUUUAAUGAUUCAUUAACACAAGUUAAAAUACAAGCAUUAAUUAAUUCAACAGUAACAUUACCUUGUUUUACUUAUGGUGUUCCAAAACCGCUAAUUAAUUGGUUUUAUGAUACAAGUUUACUAUCAGAGAAUAAACAAGAAGCAUUAAUUAUUGAACAUGUUCAAGUUAAUGAUACAGGUAUAUAUGAAUGUAUAGCAAUGAAUAAAGCAGGAGAAAUUCGAAAAAAAUUUAUAUUAGAAACAUAUGCACCACCAUCAAUUAAUUUAAAUAAUCAAACAACUCGUAUUAUUAUUCGUCGUAAUGAAAGUUUAACACUCAAAUGUCCAGCAUAUGGAUAUCCAAUACCAAUAACUCGUUGGUAUAAAAAUGAAAUAGAAUUAUAUGGAUUUGAUAAAGAAUUAUUCAUAAAAUCAAUUGAUCGACAAGAUGCUGGACUCUAUUCAUGUAUUGUCUCAAAUAAUGUUGGGACAGAUCGACGAUAUUUUAAUAUGAUUGUCUCUGGACCACCGGAAAUUUUACGUAGUCAUAUAAAUAUUCGUCCGAGUGUUGUUCGAGGUUCUUCAAUAACACUUUCGUGUCCUUAUACUACUGAACGAUCUUCAUUAAUAGUCGUAACUAAUACAACAUGGAUUCCUCCUUAUUUCAAAACUGAACAUGAAUUAAUUCGUCGUUCAUUAAAUUUAAAUGAAAAUCAAUUAUUAAUACCAAAUGUACAAUUAGAAGAUGGUCAAACAUGGAAAUGUAUCGUUGCUAAUGAAUAUGGUUUUGAUUCACUUGAAUUUCAACUUGAAAUUCUUGUACCACCUGAAAUAUUAAAUGAUGAUGCAGAAGAAUUACUACAAGUGGAAAAUAAUAAUACAGUUCAAUUAAUAUGUCAAACAUUUGCACAUCCAUCAGCUCAGAUUUUAUGGCGUAAAAAUGGACAUCUAAUUGAUUCAAAUAAAUAUGUUAUAAUAAAAGGUAAUCAUUCUGAAAUUUUGCAAAUAUUUAUAAAUGAUGAACAGGAUGGUGGAACAUUUACAUGUGUAGCAUCAAAUUCAAUUGGAAAAAGUGAAAAACAUUUUUUUGUUGAUAUAUUUUUACCUCCAACAUUCGAUUAUGUAUCAACAAAUCGUCAUAAAAUUCAAUUAAAUCGUACUUAUACAUUACCAUGUUUAGUUAAAGGUAUACCAAAACCAAUAAUAAAAUGGUUAAAAAAUGGAAAGAAAUUUUCUAUUGAUAAUAAACGUAUUCAAUUAUAUCGCGAUGAUCAAUAUCUUGAAAUUCGAUAUGUAAAUGAACAAGAUGCUGGAAUUUAUACAUGUGUAGCUGAAAAUUUAGCAGGAAAAGCUAAACAAAAUCUUGAAUUACAAGUUUUAGUUCCACCACGUAUUGAAAAUGAUACUACAAAUAUUGAAGCUAUUUUUAGUUCAACUGUCAAUUUAACAUGUUCAGCAUAUGGAAAUCCAAAGCCGACAAUUGUAUGGUUUAAAGAAGGUCGUCAUUUACAAUAUGGUAAUCAUUAUUUGCCGGUUGUGCUUGCAUCUAUACAGAAUGCUAUGCGUAUAUUUUAUACGUGUAUUGCUUCAAAUGAAGCAGGAAGUGCAGAGCAACACUAUCGUAUUAAUCUUCUAGGUACGAUAAAUGAACUUAAAUUGUUUUUGUACAUUGUAGAUAACAAUUUUGUUAGUAUUAAAGGAAUUCCUCCAUCAAUCGAUUCCAUAUCAAUAAGUCCAAUGUCAACACCAAUAGCUGGCAACCAUUUUACGUUAGAAUGUUUUGCUAAUGGUACACCUGAACCAAUCAUUUCCUGGCAUUUCAAAAAUCGUCGAUUAUCAUCAGGACAUAAUCGAUAUUAUCAAAUAGUGCGUGCGUCAUUAAAUGAUACUGGUUUGUAUACAUGUAUAGCUGAAAAUAAAAUUGGUAUUGCAAAAAAAGAUAUUCAUAUUGAUGUUCUAUUACCACCAUCGAUUGUUAAUAAUGGUCAAUUGAUAAAUGAGAUAACUAUAUUAAAAGGUGAAUCUGUUGUUUUAACUUGUUUACUUCAUGCUAUUCCUUUGCCAACUAUCAUUUGGACAAAAAAUGAACAAAUACUAUUUGAUUCAGAAAGAAUUUCAAUGAGUGAUAAUAAUUUUCAAUUACAUAUUGAAAAUGUUUCAUUAAGUGAUCGUGGUCGUUAUCAAUGUCAAGCAGAAAAUUUAGCUGGUCGUUCACAACAAAUAUUCGAUAUACAAGUUCAUAUACCACCAGAAAUUCAUCAAACAAAUAUUAAUCUAAAUCCAUAUGUUAUACUUGGAAAAAAUAUUAUUUUAUCAUGUCAUGGAUUCGGAGUGCCGGAAAUAAAUUAUCGAUGGUUCAAAGAUGACAGAAGUCUAUUAGAAUCUCAUUCAUAUGCAAGAUUAUUAGAAAAUGGAGCUAGAUUACAAAUUGAUUCAGCACAUUCAUCAGAUGCAGGCUUUUAUACAUGUCAAAUAUCAAAUGUUGCUGGUCAAGUAAAUUUAACAUAUCUAUUAGAUGUUUUUAUACCACCAACAAUUGAUCGAUCGAAUUUAGUUGAAAUUUAUCAAGUUAAAUUUAAUCAAACAGCCCGUCUUGAAUGUCCUAUGUAUGGAAAACCUGAACCUCAUAUAAUGUGGUUCAUAAAUGGACGAGAUUUGAAUAGAAAUAAUAAUCGAUAUGAAUUAAUUGAUGAAAACCGAGUAUUAAUUAUAAAUUCAGUUAAUUUAAAUGAUAAUGCACGUUACACAUGUAUCGGAACAAAUAUUGCUGGUGAACUUUCAAAUCAUAUAGAUUUACAAAUAUUUGUUCCACCAACUAUACAACGUGAUCCAAAUGAAGAUAAUGUCAAUGUUAUUCAAUAUUAUCAUAUUGCUUUAACUUGUACAGCAAAUGGUGAUCCGUUGCCUUCUGUAUUAUGGGAAAAAGAUGGUCUUCCUGUUGAUACAACAAAUUCUCGAUAUAGAAUUGGACCAUCUGGUUUUCAAUUACUGAUUAUUCAAGCUGAUCCAACUCAAGCAGGAAUUUAUACUUGUCUAGCCUAUAGUAAAGCUGGUGAAGCAAAAGAACAAUUCCGUUUAACAGUAUUAGUUCCACCGAUAGUCACAGUAGAGAGCAAUGAAAUCAUUGGUAUUGUUAACAAACCUAUUACACUUAAUUGUCAUGCUGAUGGAUAUCCAUUACCGACCAUAUACUGGACGAAAGCAGGUCAUUCAAUUGAUACUCAGCCAGGUUUUCAAAUCUUAAAUAAUGGUUCAUUGAGAAUUCAUCAUUUACAAGUUCAAGACACAGGUUAUUAUAUAUGUUGGGCAGAAAAUCUUGUUCAGCGUGCUUACGCACAAGUUCGAUUAGAAGUUCAAGUUCCACCAUCAAUUAAUCAAAUUGAAAGAUACUAUACUGGUAUUGUUGGUCAAUCAGUAAAAUUAUCUUGUCAAGCUAAUGGAAUUCCUAUUCCAAAUAUAACUUGGAAUGGCAUAUAUAAUAUAUCAGGAACAGCUAUUAUUGAUUCAUUUGGUAAUUUAUAUAUAAAUCAACUUGAAAAGCAUCAUGCUAGUGAAAUUAUGUGUUAUGCACAAAAUACAAUUGGUCAAGCAUCAAAACAAUUUACUUUAAUUGUUCUUGAUCCUCAAACAACAGCAACAACAACAAUAACAACUGUUAUAUAUGAAAAUAUUCCAACACAAACUCCUUUUCUUAUAAUAUCACCAAAAAAUAUAAUUGUUGAUUAUGGUGAUAACUUGGAAUUAAUCUGUCAAACAAAUACAAUUAAUCCCUUUGACAUUCAAUGGUUACAUAAUGGUCAUUUAGUAAAUAAUAAUAAUUAUUUAGCUCAUUUUUAUGAUCGAAAUAUUCUUCGAAUAAAUAAAGUUAUUGAUAAACAUACAGGAAUUUAUCAAUGUUUUUCAAAUAAUUCAUUUGAUCAACAAUUUAUUAAGUCAAUGCCUGUAACAGUUACUGUUCGUCCUCAUCCGAACAGUCGCAAUCGUGCAAUAAUAUCUGGUCACCGUUUAAUACUUUCAUGUGAAAUUGAAGUAGGUGAGAAUGAAAAUUUUCUUGGUACGAUUGAAUGGUUUCAUAAUGGAUCACCAUUAAAAUUAAAUUCAUUCAAUCGAAAUAGGAUUGAUUAUCGAAAUGGUACAUUAAUAAUUGAUCAAACAUCAGGUUCAGAUUCAGGUGUUUAUAAAUGUGUAUUUCGAAAUGAUAAUGGUACUCGUUCGGAAUCCUAUCAUUCAGUUAAUAUUCUAACUCAACCUACGUUUACAAUUAAAUUGCCUCGGUCGGCACAACGACCUGUCAAUGGUUCAAUGCUUAUACUCAAUUGCCUUGCCGAUGCAUGGCCUGAACCAACAUUAAAAUGGACAAAAAAUGGAACUAGUCUAACAGGAUUCGAUGAUGUUCGAAUACAAAUAUUACCUAAUAAUUCAUUGAAAAUAUAUCCAAUACAAAUAUCUGAUACUGGACGUUAUACAUGUUCAGCUGAAAAUGCACUUGGUAUUGCAAAAACUACCUGUGAUGUUAUUGUUUAUGAAGUUCCAUUAACAGCAUCUACUCGACAUCUUCAGGGUAAACUAAAAAAAAUCAAUAUCGAUAAUAUUGAACUUCAUUCAAAUACAAUUUUAAAAAAAACAACAUUAAAUAAAGUACAAUCAAAUCUUGCAUCAUUGUUUCGAACACUUUUUAUUUUUCUUUUUCCACCUUCACUCAUUUCUUUAACAACAACGGAAAUUCGUGAAAAUAUAUCAUCUUCAUUUUGUUCAAUCGAUGAUAAAUUUCAGCGUGAUAUGAUUAUAUCAUUUAUCGAUGGUUCACAUAUUAGUAUAAUUGAAAGAGUUUCUGAUAAACGAAUUGAAUUCAAUGGUUCAUAUCCAGAUGAUUAUGAGUUUAAAAAUAAUACAUUUUUUACAGAGAUAAUGAUUCAAACCGAUUUGGGUAUGUUACAUAAUGGUAGAGUUUAUUGA